AUGGCCGCCAGCCUGUGGAUGGGAGACGUGAGUGAGCCAAGGGCCGCGGCGGCAGCGGGGCGAAGUUUGGUGGGCGGCGGAGGGAGGGGACGGGCGGGCGGGCGACGCCCACCGCUGUCUGUGCCGCAGGGCGCGCUUCCCUCCCUUUCCCGCACCCUCCGCUGCAGUUUCCUCAGCCUUGCCUUCCAUUGGAUGCUCUUCGCGGGCAGAGCCUUCUUUGCGCCGUGGCCGUUUCCCCCCGCGGCCUUUCCCCCCAGCGGACGUUUCCCCUGAAUCUGCAGGCGCCUGCAGCGGAGGUUGCGUAGUAGCCCCGCCGAAGAUUAGGCCGUAAUAAAUGGUUUCGAGGCUCCUUGGUGGUAUCUCGGCUCUGCUCAGAGUAGACCCGUGAAAGCCUGAGUUAACUCCUCCUGCCCGCGAAUUUCAGCGGGUCCACUUAAAAGGGUGCAACCCUUUCUGCUGCGGGUUUUUUUCUCAGCAUCGUCGUCACCUCAAGCUUUAUAAGGUGCGACAAGGACACUGGUGCUGCCAGUGACGGAUUUACAUACAGUAUAGGCUAAACAAGCUAUAGUUUAGGGCCUCACUCUCUUGGGGGGCCCCAAAAAAAUUAAAGGGGAAAAAACUGGAUGUACAUUUCCAAAAUAUAAGAUAAAAAACAAAUAAAAUAAAACCUACAUAGAGCAACAGUGUUUUGUGUUGUGUAGGCUCCCUAUGAUGUAAGUAAUGGGCCCCGCCUGCUAGCCUGCUCCCUAAAAUAUCACUGGUUUGCUCAUUUCUAUAUAUGCCUACAUUCUGCAUGGACUGGUUGCAUGGCAGCACAUGCAAAUGGCUUUAGAUACCUAUUAGGUUCAUAAAUUAACAUAUACCAUACAUUCAACACAAAAAACAGCAACAAUUUGUUGUUGACAAAGGACAGCUGGACAUAUAAAGGGCCCCAUUACCUUCAGUAGCUUAGGACCUCAUCAAACCUAAAUCCGGCCCUGGUGGUGCCUUAAGGUGAUCUGCGGUCUUGCUCUGGGUUUGCAGUUCAGAAAGGAAAGAUUCUCUCUGGCCUCUGCUGUUGGCUAGGAGAAUAAGGGCAGCUGGUGGGGUUUGCGCUCCCUGUUGAACAGAAAGGACAUAAUGGUCAGCAAAAAGUCUGGCCGGGUCCCAUCCAUACACCAGAGGCUUACCUUUCAAGGCACAUGCCGAUUUUUGAAUAGCUGCCACUUCCUCUGCUCAUUUUUCUCCUGCUCCUGUGGAUCAAAUCCAUUUUUCCUCUGUCCAACCCUGCGGCGGCGCCCCACCCCCCAAAGACAGAAAAGUGUGUGUGCACAAAUGUCACUUUUCAAAAUGAUGUGGGUUAAAGUCAGGAUUCAGUGGGAUUAAUCUUGAAAAGCACGUCAAAUUGAAUAGGAGAAAGAGCAUCACUUUUUUCGACUUCCUCCUUCAGCUCUGUUAGCUUUUCAAGGGAGGAAAAAGUAACCAUCCUAAUCGCCUCAUGACUAAAGGGGCUGUGUGUGCCCCUGUCUGUAGGGUUUUGUGAGUUCCAAGGGCAACACUAUGCCUACAGGUGCCAUGUUUGCCACCCCUGUGGUACAGUAAAUUGUACAAGAUUGUUUUAAACUGCUAGCCUAGCAUCCAUAGGCUACAAAGAAUUGCAUGCAAUGUCAUUUUGUGUGUGUGUGUGGCAAAAAUCGAUUGCCAGGCCUUGCACUUGUAGAAGUUCAGCCAUAUGCCUCUGUGUUCCAGUUGCUUGGAAUCACAAGUCAGGAAAGUGCUGUUUCACUCAGGUACUGUUUUGGGGAUAUCUAUGGCAUUUGUUUGGCCACUGUGAGAACAAGAUGCUGGAUCAGAUGGGUCUGAUCAUUUGUCUGAUCCAGCAGAACAUUUCUUUAUUUUUUCAGUCAAAAUGGAUAAAAAUGACUGGGUAAGAGUGGCAAACUAGGCUAGAAGACCCAGAUUCAAAUCAUCCACAAAACUUUUAAGGAAUCUUGAGCCAGUAACUGCCUUGCAGGAUUGUUCUGAGAAUUAGAAAGGGCCUUGAGUGGAAGACAUGGGGUAAUAAUUAUGAUGAUAUUGAUUAGAUUUUGGGACAACCUAAAGGGAGGAUUUUACAUGGAAGUAGUGUUGAGCUGAGAAUAGUUUAGAUCUACAUGCACAUGGAUUAUCUGGAGUUUACAUGACGGACAUCAUUGUGGCUAGAAACCUCUGCACACUCAGCUUUGGAGUGAUUCCCACUGAACUCAGUGCGACUUACUUGAGUAAACAUGCAUAGGAUGGCACUGUAACUCACUGCCAGAAGAUGUGAUGGCCUAGGCUUCAUUGGCUUUAAAUGGGGAUUGUUGCCUUCUUGGACUGCGUUAGACGCUUGGUCUGAUCCAGCAGGGCUUUUCAUUUUUCCUUACGAGUAAGUGGUUCUGGGAAUGGGGAGUGUAGGGUCCUUGUAGGUUUAGUGACAUUCCUUCCUCUCCCAAAUACCUUGCAAAUCUUGUAACAUCAUGAAUUGGCAAGUAUGCCAAUAAAAGCCUUAAUAUGUUCAUACUGUUUUUCGUCUGCAGUGACACUGCGGCACUCCUGAUGUUGCCGGACAAAAACUCGCAUCAUCCCUGACCACCAGCCAUGCUGGCUGGGGCUGAUGGGAGUUGGAGUCCCAACAUUGUAUGGAAGGACAUGCAUUCCACAUCCCUGUUGUAAUAUAUGGACCAAUUUGACCAGGAACCGUACAGAUACCUUGUGCCUUCCAUCAAUGUACCACUUUACUUUGUUUGCUUAGCUUGUAAUCAGGUUUGCUGUGCUCUGAAGAGUGCAAAACUGCUGCAGGUUUACUACCCUCCCUGUUCCUAGCCAUCUUGUGGCUCCCUGCAUAGAGUUACUUGCUUCAAACUUUAGCACGCGUCAUUCUGAUAACGGGUGUACACAUGCACACCUCUUUAGGCUCUGUUGCCUACAGGCCAGAAGGUGCCAUUUGCCUUUUUAAAAUGCUUCUUAAUUUUGUACAGAUCUUUCUGUAGGGCUGCAUUACCUUACUUUCUCUUUUUUUUUUUCCCUCUGUAGCUGGAGCCGUACAUGGAUGAGAAUUUCAUUUCGAGAGCCUUUGCUACUAUGGGAGAGCUAGUUCUGAGUGUAAAAAUCAUUCGGAAUAGGUUGACAGGGUAUUUAUCUGUAUUUUGUGUACUACUCACCUGGUAUGCAUGUUGGGGGUGGGGUGGGAUGUUUCACAAUACAUAUACAGACAAAAUUGGUGUUCCUGGAGUUAAGGUCGGGAUACAGAUUGUUUUGAGCUGCCCACCUCCUGUUUGCUGCCACAUAAUUCAUGAAGCCAAGAAUGCCUUAUUUUGACCUACUGUUCAGGGCAGAGGUGGGGAACCUGUAGCCCUCCAGGUGUUGGAUUCUAGCUCAGAUCAGCCCCAGACAGCAUGGGUCACAACAGUUGUAGUCCAGCAGUCUAUGUAUGCCAGCACGUUUCCCACCCAUGUGUGUGUUGUGUGUUCAUGCAUGAGAAGGAGAUGGGUCACAAGUAAUCAAUAACAUUGAUUGAAAAAACCUUAAAUUAGAACAAUAACCACAAAACCUAUUGAAACAGAUAUAGAAUUUGACUGGUCAUUUAAUGCAAAGUUAGGAUCGUACAGCUUCAUAGUAAAAAAAAUGAAAUGGCAGAAGAUACUAAAAUAGUACAUCCCAGGUUAUGACUUUAAGAAUUUUGGUAAAUAAAAUAUUUUUAAUCUGGUGCUUAAAUGAGUCUAGCACAAGUGCCUUCCUAACUUGUUCUGGAGAGGUUACUACACAAAUAGCAUGGCAGUAUGAAAACACUAUCCUAUUGGUCAUCAGUUGAAAGGUUCGUAGAAAUGAAGCAUAGCAUUUUUCACUAGUCAGUUCGAAACACAUGUCUUAUUCAUGUUUCCUUUCUUGCUUCUUCUCUUCCAGGAUUCCAGCAGGCUAUUGCUUUGUAGAAUUUGCUGACUUGGCCACUGCAGAAAAAUGUUUACAUAAAAUCAACGGGAAACCUCUUCCUGGUGCCACACCAGUAAGUAAAUCACUGUAAUUCUCUGCUGGGCACAUUAAUAGAUGGUCAAUUUAACUGGACACUCUUGGAAGAAAGUGUGUGCCCUUGUAAUGAGAGCAGCCAGAAAUCUCUCUCUGCCACUUUAUGUCUUACUGCAGAUAUUAUAAUGGAGUAAGGAAUGAUUUGAUCUUCCCACUUUGAAAGCAUUUACAUAGUAGACCAAUGGAUGUUAAAAUGCUGCAUGAAGGGAGAUGAUGAAUAUAUUCCUAGAAGCUUAGCCCUUAAAUUUGGUAGCCAAGAUUAAGAGCUCAUAUAAUCUCAGAGUGAGGUUUGGAUGAAUGUGUUUUAUUUGUAUUGUGCUUCUUGCUGUUUGUAACAUUUCAUGUUGUUCAGGGAUUCUCAGUCUGCUUUAGGAAAGGCUGCCAAAAUUUCCAUAUGAUGACGUUCACUUGCCUAAUAACCUGUAUAUUGAAGCUGUGUUGAAUAUUUCCACAGUAGUGUGUGUGUUUGCCUUUUCCUAAUGAGCCAUAAACUGAAAUGUGGAGGGCAUACAUGUACUCCAUUUCUUUCUCUCUCUUUUUUAACUGUUUCAGACAAAGCGAUUUAAAUUAAACUAUGCCACAUACGGAAAGCAGCCUGACAACAGGUAAGUCAAAUACUAUGAAAACUUCUCAAAUGUUUGCCAAAGCAUCUGCACUGUCAUUGUUGAAGGAUGAUAGUUUCCUGUUGUAAAGAGUUUCUAGAAAUGUGUUGCUAACUCUGCAGUCCGUCUGUAGUAAAGGCCUGACAGACACCUGUAUUUUCAUCAUUGUGUGAUUGCAUCACACAAUGACUUGUAUGUAUGAAACAAUCGGUCCAGAUUAAGUGCUGCAAAUAGACCGGGAUUCAGCCUCCAUUGUUGGAGGCAAUGUGCCUCUGAAAGCCAGUUGCUUGGAAGACCAAGUGAGGAGGGUGGUGUUGUGCUGUAGUCCUACUUGCAGGCUUCCGGUUGGCUACUGUGAGAACAGGAUGCUGAGCUAGAUGGGCCACUGGCGUGACCCACCAGCAUCCAAGCUCUUCUUAUGCUAUCAAUUGUGAGCAUAGCUCAUAUGGGAGAGCGAAGGUGGUUAAUGCAUCCCCGCUGGUAUUCGGACUGUUACUACUUAGGAGCAUUCAACUGAGGUUGGGAGUAACUGGUGAAAGUGCAUGAAACAACACUUGUAAAAGUCAGGAGCCUGUGGGAAAAAAAUCACAUACUCAUGUGUUUCUGCUUAUGGGAUAUUUUGUGGCACAAGGCCUCAUUGUACACAUUGGGCUUAAUUCCUUUUCUUUGUUUUUUUUUGGAUCACUUUUUAAAUAAUAUAUACAAUAAGUGAUUGAAAACAAACACUUGCAUAUCAGUGGAAUCAAAGCAGCAUAGUCAAAAUAAGAAUUGUAAUUAAUAGUAAAAAUCAGCCAGGUGAAAACAUAGUAUUAGGCUAAAUUCUGUCUUGCAAAGAAUUCCUUAACAAAUAAGAUUUGCUUGGAAAGUAUACCUGCUAAAAAUGCAUUAAAUAAUCAUUAAAUGUUUCAUACAAACCUUAAAAUAAGUAAAAACCGCUUUACUUAUAUGUAUCUCUAAGAAUUAUAAUCUUUUUUGCCACUGGACUUGUUUAAUAAUAAUAAUAAUGAUAAUAAUGAUGAUGAUGAUGAUGAUGAUAAUAAUUUAUUGUUCCUACCCUGCCCAUCUGGCUGGGUUUCCCCAGCCACUCUGAGCGGCUUCCAGCAGGUUAAAAAUACAUAAAAUGACUUGUUACUUAAGACAAGAAAAUUUGAAAGCGAAGGCAAGUAGUUAAGUCAGUCACAUCAAAUGAAUUUGCCAGCUUGCGCCCAUCAUUAGUUUUACAGAAAAAUAAAAAGAGUGUCCCAUGACUUCAUUUUCCUAAUGACCAAUUCUUCAUUAAUGUUGUUGUAUUAUUACUAUUCUCAAGCUGCUUUUAUUUUCCUCUUUAGCCCAGAAUAUUCACUAUUUGUAGGAGAUCUAUCCCCUGAUGUAGACGAUGGGAUGAUAUAUGAGUUCUUUGUAAAAGUGUACCCGUCAUGUAGGGGCGGCAAAGUUGUCGUGGACCAGACGGGAGUUUCCAAGUAAGCUUCUUCCUUCUGCAUUUGGUACUGAAUGGAGGUGGGAUGGGGAAAGUAUCUAAUGCAAAGAGGUUUUUACUGCCCAUAAAUUAGUAAAGAGGAAUGGGAUUCCGAUUAUUUUGCAUUAAGUGCUCACAUACUAACCAAGGGGAAGGGAAGAGAAAUAAACUUGUGUAAAUAUAAAAAAUACUCAUGUUUUAUCUUACCUGGUUCAUAAAUGAUGGUGUUAAGGCUUCUGUUUUGUGUGUGUGUUUUAGUAUAUCACUACAAACUGUUCUGAUUAUGCCAUGUUUAUUGGAGUGGCCUGAGAGACAGUUAAAAUAAUGUGUUUGUAUCACUUCUUAUGCACAAGCUGUUUCAGUCAGAAGCAUUUAAGGUUAGAUGAAGUCACACUGAUAUUUUUCCUGGAUCAGCAACUUUAGUGUAGGGCAGUCCCAGCUUAUGCAAGUGCAAGAGCAUUUAACAGCAAUAACAUGUAGAUUGGGUGUGGUGAACCUUUGGCCCCCCAGAUGUUGCUGACCUACAACUCCCCAUGGCUCCAGCAAGCAUGACAAAUGGCCCAGGAUGAUGGUAGCUGUAGUUCAGCAACAUCUGGAGAGCCAAAGGUUCUCCACACCUGGUGUGGAUGCAGCCCUAGCAUCUGCAGGCUGACCUGAAAGUUGCACCCACUCAGUGAAUUUCUUGCCGUCUGAACCCAGCAGGUUUCAAUCACUGAACUGCCAUGUCCAUGAAUCUUUCAAGAUUGCUGUUUUAAAGAAGCUUUCUCCCUUCCUUUGCACACCCUGGGAUCCCACUUCAUGUUGAGGGAAUUCCCAAGCUACUGAGCUGCUUGUGAUAGCUGUCCAUUUCUUCUCCCCACCUCCAGUUCUUUAGGACUGAGCCAGGCAGGUGAAUUCUCUGCAAAUCCUUCCUUUUAAAAGGUAUUUUAAAGGGUGGUCCAGCUCCUUGAUUCUGACCGAACCUUUGUCUUUUGCCAGAGGCUAUGGUUUUGUGAAAUUCUCAGAUGAAUUGGAACAGAAAAGAGCACUGAUAGAGUGCCAGGGGGCUGUUGGCCUUGGUUCUAAACCAAUACGCCUGAGUGUUGCCAUACCAAAAGCGUAAGUAUGCUGCCUUAACUAUAUGGAUAGACAAGUGGAGAGGCUGAUGUAAUGGAACAGAUUAGGGGGUGGGCUGAGAAAAAGAUAAGUUUGAGUAAAGAAGAUAUAGGCCUCAUUAAAGAAUGCCGAGUAAUGAGAGAUCAGAGGAUAGGAGAGAACUGGCAGGGUGAGGGUGAGAAUGAGGGACAGACAGGGCCUAAGGAGAGGAUGAGUGCUGUUAGCAAGAGAUGAAGAGGAAGCUGGGCUGCUAAGGAGGCUGGCUAAGAAUGAAAAAGCCUGUAAGACUUAGCAGUACAGAAGAGACAAUGGGCUGAACCAUUACAAAUGGCCACUAGAUCAAGUGCAGUUAUUAUAGCCCUAGAGAAUAUUGGGUUGGUUAGUUAGUUAGUUAGUUAGUUAAAAGUGUUCUGGUGUUGGAAUCAAAUCUAUUUCAAUAGAUGUUCUUGUAGAUUAAACUUCUUUUUACAUACCCUGACAUUCUUGUAUUUCCCUCUCCCUUCUUCCCAAAGUAACCGGCUGAAGACAGUCGAGUACAACCAGAUGUACAACUAUAACUAUAACCAGUACUACCAACAGUAUCAGAACUACUAUGCGCAUUGGGGAUAUGAUCAGAACACAGGCAGUUACAGCUACAGCUAUCCACAGUACGGCUACACACAAAGCACCAUGCAGGUAAGGACUGAGCAAAUUUGCAAGCUUGCUCAUUUCUAUGUCAACGAGAUCCUUGAGGCUGCAGUUGCAUACCCACUAGGGAGUGAGCCCUAUUGCAACACAGUGGGGCAUAUUUCCAAGUGACAUGCAUAGAAUUAUGGAAUUAUUAUUACGGAAGGUAUUUGCAAAAUAAAUAACUUGAUUCCUUGUUUGAAGCAACUGUGGUUUAUUAAUACCCAAAGCAGGCCAAACUAAAUCACAGUUUGACCUGUGUUUGGACAUAACAAGCCACAAUAACAAUGAAGAAGCAGAUGGCUCUGAUUUCUUCCUAGCACAUGCCAGGAGGGAGUUUUCAAGCCAGACCAAAAAGCAUAAGAGCAAAUUGAAAACAGAAUUCAAAAACAGUAAAACAAACUGUUUCAGCAGGUGAAGACGUGUAUAAACCAAGUGACAUAAGCAAGUCUCCCAGGGAAAUACGGUCAGUGAUGUUAGAUGUGCUUAAAAAAAUAUUCUGGUUCCCUAACCAUUUGUCAUUCUCCCUGUUGCAGAACUAUGAAGAGGUUGGUGAAGAUGCAUUAGAAGGUAAGUUUGCCUAUUGCAAUUCUCUGUUAGAAAUCAGCAUCUGAUUCUAAAGCACUCCAGUCAAGAGUUGUUCUGGAGCAGCAGAAUGGCUGCAGGAAUGCAAACAGGAGAGGCAACCUGUUGCCCUUGGCCUAAUUUCAUGUGGAUGGCAGGAAGUGGGGGGAAAGGUGUGGCAGAAAGAGAAAAGGGGGUGGCCCUGUCCAUCACCUGUAUGUACCUUUUUGACAAAUUACACCUGAUAAAUCACAGCCCUUGACAGAAUAAAGGUUCCCCACCCCUGACAUUUUGUUUUGUCUCACUUCCCUCUCUCAACCCAUCACAGUAGGGUUUUGUACUCUCAGUACAGCAUAGCUCCCUGUGGAAAAUUUUCUGGAGGCUGCAUCAGGAGAAAGAUCUUUUGUUUCUAUUUUGGUGUGAUUAUGUACCACUUUACCUACAGUUCACCUAAAAGUUCUGCUGUGCAAAAUAGAGUGUUAAAAGUGACUUGCUAGUUUUGAGAAGUUUGGGAAAGACAGUUUUUCGAAUUCUGACAGGCCAAUGGAACAAGGCCUUCCGUGUCAUCCAAUCAAGGAAAUUAUUGUUACUGGCUACAAAGCAAAACAGGAUUAUAAAACCACAGUUUGAAGUUUAGUAUCUCGAUUUGUUCCAGAGCUGGUAAUCACAGAUUUCUGUUCAAACAGAAUUGGAAACUCGUUAAUUAGAGACUUCCUGACUUAAUCAUAGCUCAUGUGGAGGGAUGAGCAAAGGGGCUGUGUAUACAGCAAAAAUGCUCAUUCAUUCAUAUUUUGGGUUAUGAUCUUCUGAACCAACUUGGUUUCCAGAUCUUAAUUUAAGCAAUUCACCUUGCUUUCACCUGAGACUCACUCAUGUGACUUUUAGAAGCCAUCUGAAGGCCGCCCUGUUUAGGGAAAGUUUUUAAUGUUUGAUGUUUUAUUGUGUUUUUAAUGUUCUGUUGGGAGCUGCCUGGAGUGGCUAGGGAAACCCAGCCAGAUGGGCAGCGUACAAAUAAAUUAUUAUUAUUAUUAUUAUUAUUAUUAUUAUUAUUAUUAUUAUUUAGGCUUCCUUCCUUUUUCAGAUCCAAUGCCCCAGAUGGAUGUGGGAGAAGCGAACAAACAGUUCAUGGAACAGAGUGAAGAACUCUAUGAUGCCUUGAUAGAAUGUCAUUGGCAGCCUUUGGACAGUGUCUCUUCAGAGAUUCAAGCCAUGUAG